AUGAUCCACGCAGAGGCUCGUCAACGCUCACAAACUCCCCACAGCCCUCCAAUGAGCGACGCGUAUGCUGAGACGCUAGGGCAAAUGAUCUGCUUGCUCCAGGAGUAUAAGCCAGGGCUUGUUACGCUAGAAAACAUCACGCGGCUAUGUAAGACCCUCAAGCUGGAGUCCUUUACAGACAACAUAGACAAUGAGACCAUUCGCCUGUCCACGGCAUCGAAGAUUAUCGUAAUAGACAUGGACUUUCACAAGUCCGAUAAACAAGUGAAGGAUGUCAAGCUGGUGCUAGCUAGCAACUUCGACAACUUCAACUACUACAACGACGGCGACAACGGAAACAUCCUUUUCAACUCGCUCAGCUGCUUCCCGAAUCUGCAGACCUUCUACUACAACCUCAGGUUUCUGACCACGCUGGACACGCAUUCAAACAUUGAAACGGAACCUGGAAUUGCAGCCAAGCGUGAAAAGCUCGACCUUUUCAAGUACUUUACGGAGCUGCCGGAAUAUCUGCGAGCCUACUUCAAAGACAUUUCCAUAGACCUGGAUAUCAAGACCAACGUGGACAAUAGGUUUGGAGUCUACCUCACGCACAAUGACAAGGCUGUUGCCCAGGUAGGGAUCGAAGAAUGCCAAGAUCACGAUCACCGUUUUUACGAAUUUGGCUACCGCUCAUCUGGAUGGAUUAAUGAGAGCCCGGACAACGUUACAACUGGAGUGAUACUGACUUUACAAUUCUACGAUAUCAAUAUGCACAUUCCGAAAGAGGCAAUUCCACAUGAUCUGCUGCUUGAUUGGGACGCUCAAAGGCCAUACACCAUAGUGAAUCAUUGUCGCUCGACUCCAGUUUCCAACGACUUCACUUCAACUCUCGUGCCAGCAACUAAAUUCAACAUCAGCAAUGAGAACAUUGAACUUCUAGGUGAGUUGCUGCAAUGGGCAGGAUGGUGGCAGCAGAUUUUGCAUCCAGUGUUGCAAAUAAUAAAAUGCCCUGCUCCCGCACCUGGCAACGAAACAAAACGCCGAUCUUCGUCUAACUCUACCACUAUAUCCGCGCAGCGACGCUCUAGUGCUACAAGACGUCGUAGGUCCUCGCAAAAGGGUAGACGGCCUAGCAUGAAUGAAUCAAGCAUGGUGAAAGAUGGUGUGGUUCCUGAGUUCUCGCUGAGCGAGGUCAUGAGCCAGCCAGUGCUAGAAGAUGAAGAUCCAUCAGAACCGGUGGAUCUAGCCUUAAACGAAGAGUAUAUUCAAUUGGGCCCAGGAAGCCGCUGUGACAUUCACAUGGGAGUCCAUGAAUGGCAGGAGUUUCUAACAAAACUGAAGGGCUGCGUCGCUUGA